AUGUCAGCUGUCAAUGACACCAAAUUCACACCUGCUGUGUUCCUUCUCACCGGGAUACCUGGGCAGGAAGACGUCCAUCUCUGGAUCUCUAUCCCCUUAUGCUUAAUGUAUGUUAUUUCCAUAGUAGGAAAUUCAGUCAUCCUGUUCAUUAUAAAAACAGAUCCAAGCCUCCAUGAGCCCAUGUACAUUUUCCUUUCCAUGUUGGCCGUCACAGACCUUGGCUUAUCGAUAUCCACCUUGCCGACAAUACUGGGCAUAUACUUGUUUAACUCGAGGGAGAUCAGCUUCAAAGCCUGUUUUGCCCAACUGUUCUUCAUCCACUUGCUUCAAUUAAUUGAAUCCUCCAUGCUCUUGCUGAUGGCCUUUGACCGCUUCGUCGCGAUCUGUAACCCACUGAGACAUGCCUCCAUCUUAACUCUGCAGACAAUAGACAAUAUGGGACUGGUGUUUGUGCUAAGAAGUGUGGCUGUAAUAUUCCCACUCCCAUUUCUACUGAAAAGGUUCCGAUACUGUCGAGCCAAUGUCCUCUCCCAUUCCUACUGCCUGCAUCAAGAGGUCAUGAAGGCGGCUUGUUCAGAUAUCACAGUGAAUAACAUCUAUGGCUUGUUUGUUACACUCUUAACAGUGGGGUUGGACUCGCUGCUCAUCUUCCUUUCUUAUGUGAUGAUCCUCAAAACAGUGCUGAGCAUCACGUCCAAUGCAGAGUGCCUCAGGACCCUGAACACCUGUGUGUCCCACCUCUGCGCUGUCCUGAUGUUCUAUUCAGCAGAGAUCGGCCUUGCUGUGAUACACAGAUUUGGAAAGGGCUCAUCUCCCUUGCUUAAAACAGUCCUGGGCUAUAUCUCCCUGCUCGUCCCACCCCUGAUUAAUCCAAUUGUGUACAGCGUGAAAAGUAGACACUUGCGUGCGGGGAUAAUCAGGGCAUUCAUCAAGUGA